GGUAGCUUUGCGCAGGCGCGGGGGCCAUAGUGCCAGCGAACGCUCUGGUUUCGGCCGUGGUUUCCUCGUGUGGUGUGAAGCCCUUCGCGUGGACCUCAAUCCCAGCCUCUCCUCCGGAGCUGUAAAGUUCAGGAAACAUGUCUCGAAGAUAUGACUCCAGGACCACUAUAUUUUCUCCAGAAGGUCGCUUGUACCAAGUUGAAUAUGCCAUGGAGGCGAUUGGACACGCGGGCACCUGUUUAGGAAUCUUAGCAAACGACGGUGUUUUGCUUGCAGCAGAGCGGCGCAACAUCCACAAGCUUCUCGAUGAAGUCUUUUUUUCUGAAAAAAUUUAUAAACUCAACGAGGACAUGGCCUGCAGCGUGGCCGGCAUAACUUCUGAUGCUAAUGUUCUGACCAACGAACUGAGGCUCAUUGCCCAAAGGUAUUUAUUACAGUAUCAGGAGCCUAUUCCUUGUGAGCAGUUGGUUACAGCACUGUGUGAUAUCAAACAAGCUUAUACACAGUUUGGAGGGAAACGUCCCUUUGGUGUCUCGCUGCUGUACAUCGGCUGGGAUAAGCAUUACGGCUUUCAGCUCUAUCAGAGCGACCCAAGCGGAAAUUAUGGGGGAUGGAAAGCCACGUGCAUUGGAAAUAACAGCGCCGCAGCUGUGUCGAUGUUAAAGCAAGACUACAAAGAAGGAGAGAUGACCCUGAAGUCAGCACUAGCGUUAGCUAUCAAAGUCCUCAAUAAGACCAUGGACGUGAGCAAACUCUCUGCUGAGAAAGUGGAGAUUGCCACGCUAACCAGAGAGAACGGGAAGACGGUCAUCAGAGUCCUCAAGCAGAAGGAAGUGGAACAGUUGAUCAAAAAACACGAGGAAGAAGAAGCUAAGGCUGAGCGUGAGAAGAAAGAAAAAGAACAAAAAGAAAAGGAUAAAUAGAAGACAAAAUUGGGGAUUUUAUAACUUGUUUGGGCACCGUUUCAGUGUGGACGUGGUCCCCUGCCACACUGGGGGAGCGUUGGCUUUUUAUCCUGGACUUGGGAAGGUAGGAUGGUGCCAUCUGAUGGGGCCCUCAAUCUCUGUCAAGAUGAGUGAUGAUUGUUCUUCUUGGACCUUUUAAUCCCCUUCCCCCUUUUUUGGGAAUAAAACUUGGAAAGAA